CAGACUUGUUUGCCUUGCCAACUGUUACGUUAAUGUGGUAGUUUACGGCUGCGAGUAUCCUCACCAGACAAUGGUUGAAUUGAAGGAACUUAUUCAGCAGCUGUAACUCUGUCUUUUCAUCUUGUAAAUAAUGUAAAUAGAUUGCUAAAAUGAAUUAUUACGAACAAUUUUAUGAUGACCUUGAAUUCUGUGACCCUGAUGAGGACCCUUAUUACUACAGGGACCCUUACUACCACAAUGACCCCUACUAUGGCAAUGACCCCUAUAUCCAUGAUGACCCCUUUCAGCGUGAAGAUCCUCGUUUCUACAGAGAACAUGGUGAUCAUGAAGAUGAGAGGUAUUACAGGGAGCGGGGUCAUGGACAGUACCACCAGGACAGACGGGUACCAUCUAGCAGGGGUAGCAGCUGGGGCCGUGGGGUAGAUGUAGCUCAUGGCAGGGGUCAUGGACCGCUGAGGGACCAAGGUGGAUCUAGCAGGGGACGUGGGAUGGAUGGUGGUCGAGGCAGGGUUCGUGGAACUUCUUCCAGAGACAGUGAUGGGUCUAGCAGAGGACGAGGAAAUGAAAGAAAUUUGCGUGAUAGAGGAAGAGGAAGAGGCAGGGGAAAUAUAUUUCGGGGUAAUACUAAAAGUGGAAUGAAAGCUUUGAACUUUGUUAAAGAAGGGUCAAGUAACUCUGCAAUGACAUCAGUUGAAAAGACUUCAGAGCAGGAAAAGAAUGAAAAGGCAAGAGGUAAUGAAAGUGAUCAGAUUAGGUUUGAUUAUAGAAGUUUUCAGAAUGAGCCGUCAGAGAGUGAGAAGGAGGUAGAGCAGGCACUGAAGGCCUACACUUGUCAUUUGGGGUUCGGCUAUGGAUACGGUCCACGGACUGAUCUGAUUGAAGGCGAACAGCCAGAAUGGUUAAUUGGGACCGAAACAGAUGUUCAGCCGGAUGGUCAGGUGUCUUUAAAUGCCACUAAGGAUGAAGUCAUGCCAGAGGCUGAUGAGAAAAUGGCUCCAAAAACAAAUGUAAAGACUGCCAUGGUUAGUCCAGCCUGCAAUUUUGUGAAAGCAAAAUCUGAAUUCCACAGUAUUGAUGUUGCUUUUCAUGAAACUUUGGAAGAGGAAAAACCAAAGCCAAACUCUCUGAGUGUCAAUUUCGGCAAUAAAAGAGUUGGUCUUGGCUUUGGAGUAAGUGCAAGCAGACCGUCUGCCCAAAGUGUUGAUAUAUCAGCUUCCUUUAAAUCUGGUGUUAAAGAUGGUUGUAACCUGCGGAUUGAUGCCAAAUUUAAAAAGUUGCAGGAUGCAGUGAAAGCAAGGAGCCUUCCAAACAAAAAUGCCAUAGAGAUAUUGCACAUGGCAGUUGAUAAAGUGAAAAUGGUGAUCAGUGAUGAAGUUAGUUUAGGUAAUAGGACACCAACUGGUCAACCAACAUUUAUGUGUAGACUAGAGAUAGAUGGGAUUUUUAUUGCCUCAGGUCAGGCAACUGCUAAAAAAGCAGCGAAACACGAGGCAUACCAAAAUGCUUUGAAAGUUGUUUCCCAUCAGGCUUUAACUGUGAAAGAAAUUUCACAAGGUGUGUUUGCACUAAAGCAGAAAGAUGCAGAAUUCAAAGUUCCAGAUGUUCCAGGACAGUUACAAAAUACAGGUACAAAAGGUACAGGACAAAAACCACAUUAUGUACCAGGUCAGAAAAGUCAGACUGGUCCAAAUCAAGUUGCACAGUCAGAGAAAUCAGUGGUCCAGUCAGCAAGUACACUCAGUCAGGCUGGGCUGUCUACAUACAGUAAGCCAAAGAUUGUAUUCCACCAACCGUCACACCCUUUGAAUAGUAAACCACUAGAAUUCAAGCAGAGUGAGUCGCCACAGACUGGUUCACAGAGUGAACAGACUGGAAAGAGCACACCCGAAGCCUUAGCAAUGAAAUUGCUUAAUUUUGUGAAAGAAGGUGCAAACGUGGAAAAACAGACUGAAAAAAGCUUUCCAGGUAUGAGUCAGCCUACAAGUUGUCAGAGAGGCAGUAUAAAUCAAAGAAACUUUGCACCACAGAAUACAAGAAAAAGACCAUCAGGAAAUUUGGAUGCAGGAAGAUUAAAAGUUCAAAAGAAGGGUGGCAAUGUGAAUCAUUCCAUUGAGGAUUUAUCUCAGUUUAUAUUGAUUGACAGCACACCAAUGAAUCAGACUGUCAAUGAAUUGUCUAUGUUACAUAACAGUGCUAAUUUUAACAAAGUCGUUCUAAAGCUCGAGUAUGAAAAUGAUCCAAAUGGUGUGAGGUGUAGUUUAGUAUUGUCAGAUAUAAUAGUUGCCAUAUCACAUGGACCAACCAAAGAAGAUGCAAAACACCAAGCGGCCGUUGAUUCAUUGAAUUAUCUCCGCGAGUUUUGUUACACUAUAAAAAUAAAGCAAGCCGUAGAUUCGGAUGCUGGUGGUUUAACAAAGGAGCAGUUGCUAAGUGAUAUACAGAAAGCUGGAGAGGGUGGUAGUAAUGAUGUUAUACCUGAUAGUAACAUUGGUAACAUGCUGCUACGGAAAAUGGGUUGGGUUGGUGGAGGCUGUGGAAAAGACGGAACUGGUAUCGCAGAGCCAGUGAAAGCCGAGAUGAUCAUUGGGCGAGAGGGACUUGGCUUAAAAGCUGAGAGAGGAAUUGGGAAAAACUUCCAUCAGAGAGUCACAAAAAUGUUGCAGGAUUACAUUAAGUCAGAUGAACAGAAGGAUUUACAUUUUUCCUCCGAGUUGCAGAAGGAGGAACGUGCUAUUAUUCAUACUAUAGGUCAGAAACUUGGUCUUAAAACGCACAGUAAGGGUAAAAAUGAUAACAGGUACUUGAUAGUUAGCCGUAAGCGAAGUGCUCAACAGUUGCUGGAGCAUGUUAGGGAAAGUGGUGGUUCUACAAGUAAAUAUGAGUUGAUACCACCUGGGGACCCGACCCUUGAUUUGAUGAGACGUGAAGAUAUUUCUCAUGGUCAUUGUAAACAGUAAACUCAUUUUUUUUUCUAUGUGUCUGCCUUAUUGAAUGUUUAGAGAAUGUCAUUUUAUGCCAUUAGGCCAUUGAAAAAAGUUUUAGGUUUUAAAAAAAAAGUAUUUAUGAUUACUUGUCAAUGAAUGAAUGAAUCCAUUGAUAGAGUAAGUAUUCAAGAACAUUUCUCUGGAACGUACUUUUCUAUUUUAUUUGCAAGGCAGUGGUUGUGACACUUCGUAAUAAGUAAAAGCAUAUAAAAACACUUCAAUGGUAACAGUAACUUCCUUAAAACUAUCUGCUCUAGUACAGGACAAAACAAGGACAUUACAUUUUUACAGUAGCAUAUACUUUGUACAUUAUAAUAGAAGACUAAUUGGUGCAGAUACAUUACUAACAUAAUGUUGAAAGUCUAUUUUCAAUAUAGAUACCAAUGUACAAACAUUUUUCACACAUUUAGAUUGAUCAAACUGUGAUUAAAAUUUUUACUAUGCUUAAACAUUUGAUUUAGUGAUUAUUAUUAUGUUUUCAGUUUCCAGUUUGUUUGUUAGAUACUGUGAAAUGUUUUUGAUUGUUGAUUUGUUGUUCCUACAACUCUUCUGCCAUUAUUUUAGGUUAGCUAGUUAAGUACUGGUGAGAAAUCCAGGAAUGUUGAAAACAUCAUCAUAUUACUAUAUUUGUGUUUUUAUUAACGUAUGUAUGUUUACGGGUGCCUGACAUUUCAUCUAAAACCAUUUCAUAGAUAUGACAUUUUGCCAGAUAUGACAAAUUGUCAGCAUGACUUUCUGUCAAAUACAGCGUUUUGGCGAGUACUAAAUUAUAAUGAAUUACUUUGAAUUUUAUUGAAAAUUUUAUCAAAAUUCAGUUGGCAGUUGUUUUCAGUCUUUGCCGUAAAUGUGCUGUGGAAAAGCUGUAUCGUGUAGCACAUUCGAUUGUUAAAAUAAAAAUGGGGGAAAAAAAUGAAUUAUUACUAAACAAAUUUAUUUCAUUGAUGAUUAAUUAACAUAUAAUUGCGUGUUCUGUAAUGUUUUUGUAAUAUGGUGUCAGCCCAGUAUCAUUUCUUUUUCUUUGCGGUAUAGUAAAACAAGCAUUUUUGGAAUUGAACUGUGAAUUCCACAACAAAAUUACAGCAAUGGCAGCUCUGUAUUUCUAAAGUUUAACACUUUCCCAGUAAUUUCUUACUAAAAAAGAACUGGCAUCAACAAUGAACUUUUUUGCUACAUUUCAAUGUUUACAAUCACUGUUAAAUUUUUUAUUCGCAUCUGUCACGGUCAUCUGGUCUGGAGUACUUUUUUAAUCCUUCUACACAGAAAUGUGGUCCAGCAGAAAACAGACAAAACAACUGUUAAAGACAUCAGAAAUGACGCAUGAUUUACGCAAUACCAGUAAAUACAUAGAUAGAUACAGUAGAUAGAUUUCAAAGAACUACAUUCUAGGAUGCAAUGACCCAGAAGUACUUCAAUACUAGGGUGACACCAUACCGUUUGAGUACUGGUAUGUCAGUACUAUAUUUAUCAAUGGUUAAUGUUAUAAACAAUACCGCUGAGGCAUUCUAGGAUUGGCUGAUUCACAAAGUGCUGUAUAUUUUUAGUUCAGCAUCGAUAGCUGUUUCUUUAUGCUGAGUGAAUCUCAUCCUUUUGAAGUGAAUUUUCUGCCAACUCAUUACUUUUGAAAAACUGCUGCUUUCCAUUUUGAAUUUCACGUUUCACAUACUGGUAUGACAAUUAACAACUAGGAUUAUGACGUGUUACCUUAGUCAAUUAAUACAAUGGUGAUUUCUUAUCAGAAUAUAGGUCAGAUUACCAUAAUGUAAGUAACAGUGUCAUUUUCCUCCAUAAUGAGUUUGACAGAAUGUUGCACUUGCAUUUUUUUGUGAAUGUAUGUCGCAGCUGUCAAAAUUUAAUGUCAUUUUGAUGAAGUGUUACUGUACACAAGGUGUCUCAACGAUGAAAUGGUUUUCCUUGAAAUGUCAUGGAUGCUCUGUUUACAUUAUUUUAUCCUCAUGUCCAUCAUGGUUCAAAUAUUCCGUGCAUGUGGACACGAUUUUGUUGCAAUUUGCGUCUUUAUUUUGCUUUUUAAGUCUGGUUUAGCAGUACUACAGUUUUCUCUGGUGUUGUGUAUGUAAUAACUCUGUUCAUUAACUAGAACUUGAUGGCAUAGAUUUCAUUUCUGUUGUUACAUUUCAUUAUUACAUGACUCCUUAUAAAAUUACAGGUCUAUAUUUUGUGUUACACAACUAGUUUAUAUUCAACACAUGUCUGCUUAGCUAAAAUCAUUACUUGAAGAACUAAAAUCUGUGAAAAUGUAUUUAUGAUGUCACGUAAGAUAAAACACCUUGCUGACCAAUAGUCAAAAUUAUUGUCCUUCAGUACUUUGGACCUUUGGGCCUUAACACCUUCCUAUGAACUGCUUGAUGUAUCCUCACCAAACUUUUUCUGUAGCAUCUUUGAUUGGACCUCAGACCUUUUCAAGUAGUCCAUCUUGACCCAUGGUAGGGGCCAUCAGAGCCAAAAA